AUGGAUUUCACCAAGGCAGGUAUAGCCAGAAAAUUACAACUGGAGGAACUUGAGUGCCUUAGGCUAGAGGCCUAUGAGAAUGCAAGGAUUUACAAGGAGCAAACUAAGGCAUUCCAUGAUCAUCAUAUCCGCAAAAAGGAUUUCAAAGAAGGUGACGACAUUCUCUUAUACAACUCAAGACUCUGGUUCAUGCCCGGAAAGCUUCGUUCAAGGUGGGAUGGUCCAUUUAGGGUGAAGGAGGUUAAGCCCUAUGUUGUGGUUGAACUAUUCCACCCUCAAAGUGGCACAACAUUCAAGGUGAAUGGCCACCGGGUAAAGAAGUACCAUGGCUACAAGUCACCGAAGGAGUUAGAGGUGUUCUUGCUUACGGAUGCACCGAUAGGAGGGGAAACUUAA